AUGGAUUUCCUAAGGAAGAAAUCCAAGAUCCCGGCCGGAGCGCGAAAAGAGUAUAAACUUUUGUCACUCUUCUGUCCUGCCUGCCGCUGGGUGUUCCGUUCCGGCACGGUCACUCUGGCCCGGCAGCACACGCGCGAGAGCCACGCAGACAUGUCGGAGCAGGAGUUCGCGGUGAGGGUGAACGACCAGUUGAAGUCCACGGAGUUGAGGCUGUGCGGCGCGCUCGGCAGGGACAAGAGGCAUGGAGCUCACAUGCGGGCUUUCUGGGCCUCGACAGUAUCUUUCUUCGUGGCGUUCGUGGGUUGGUUCGCCCUGAGCCCGAUCGCUAUCGAGGUGGUCCACAGCAUCGACGCUUGCGAAAACCAGCUCUUCCCACCGGUUGCGAACCCAGAGAGGAAAGCAUUCUUGAAGUUCAAGGCGAUCGCGUCGGGGAAGAAGUAUUGCCAGCAUGGGAAGAUCGGAGAGGAUAACGAUCCGACUGGGUGCCAGGAUGUGCCGCAGGACGUUUGGGACGAGAGUUGUGGCGGCGUGGCGGCCACCGCGUGCACGCAGAGCGAGACGCUCACGGACGACGUCGAUCUGUGCCCCGAGGCGUGCAUGUUCGGCCCGGUCAAUGUGCAGUCUGGCCUCCUGCUCUUCGGAGCCAUCUGGGUCUUCGCCGCGGCGGGCAUCUCGGCAGAGUGGAACUUCAUCCUCAUUCAAGGGGUGGAGUGGCCAGAUGGCUCGUGCAGCAUGCCGGAGUCAUGGCCCCUGAUCGUCGGCACUGAGUCCCGCGUCUGCGCGGAGCGCGCACACAUCGGGCACGACAUUGCCGCGACCGCCACGGGCAAGCGCGCUCGUACAGCGCAUGCUACCAACCAGGUGCUGUGCGAGGCCUUUUCUGCCGAACGAGCCGAUCGGGUGACCAUGGCGGAGAUCAACGUCACGGAGGUGUUCACUAAUGACGACGGAUGCAGUCAGGAGCGCGCGGAGAAGACCCUCAACGCGCUUGUCAAGGAGUGGGGACAACAGCUAGCCGACGGGCUCGCCGAGAAGAUGGAUACACCCUGCCAAGACCGAGUCCUUCAUGAGGACCUCUGGUAUUUCGGACCAGAUCCCCGUGCACCUCCUUUCCGGAAGCGCCAGCUCACCGACCUGCGGGAGGAGCUACAUCGAUCCCAACGGGUGGAGCUACAGGAGGACGCAGACACUCUCAACGCCAACUACGCACGCCCAACAGAUCACAGCGCCAUGGACGACAUUAAGCAGGCUACUGCAUGCAGCGCCGCCGAGGGGCGCCUGCGCGCCGCCGGAUUCGACUUCAACAAGCCACCGGACACACAUACGACGCCUCGCUCCAGCAUCGCCAUAUUGGCGGGCAUCGCGGGGCCAUCCGCCAUCGACAAGAUGAAGACCGACGACCUUGCGAGGCGGGCGCCUGCAGACAUCGAGAGGAAGCUAAACGCCAUGCCGAACUACGCAUUGCAAGGGAUUUUGCGCGAGUUGAAGCUCCCGGUGUCAGGCAUCAAGGUGGACCUUGUGGCGAGGAUCGUCAAUCAUUACAACCGUGGUUGGGACUUGUCUCGUUUUAACGUGAGCACGCGGCAGUGUUUCUUCGACAGCGGGGGCCGGCGGAUCCGCAUGAUGAUCGGUUGCGCGGGGGCCACGUUCGUCACAAAUCAGUUCUGGUGCUCCCUCAUGUUCGCCCCGAACGUGGUGGGCACCGCCAACGCGACCGCAGCGGGGUGGGGCAACCUCGGCGGCGGCGUCACACAGAUAUUCAUCGUGUGGUGCCUGUUCAAGCCCUUCCAGGAGAUGGGCGCGAGCUCUGACACGGCCUGGCGCCUGUCCAUGGUCGUCCCCGGUUGCGUCUUCGUCGCGGUUGCCAUCAGCAUGAAGCUGUUUUGCUGGGACAUGCCAACGGGGCCCCGCUUCAAGACCAGCGACACGGGCAAGACAUCAAACGCGUCGAUGUGGGACUACGUGGAGUGCCUGAAGGACCCCAGGAUCGUCAUUAUGAUCUUCCAGUACGGCGCCUGCUUUGGCACGGAGCUGGUCAUGAACGCGCAGCUGGCCACCCAUUUCCGCGUCUACUUCCAGAUGGAGGCCGGCGCUGCCUCUGCCCUGGCAGGCUCCUUCGGCCUGAUGAACUUGUUCGCGCGCUCAUUGGGCGGCAUCUUCAGCGAUUUUCUUUUCGCCAGAUUCGGUUUCUCUGGCCGUAUUUGGGCUCAGUUCCUCUGCCUUUUCCUCGAGGGCAUCUUCCUGCUCGGCUUCGGAUCUGUGGAGAACUCGCAGCCAUGGUACGUCGCCCUGGCCGUCUUGCUGUGUUUCUCUCUCUUCGUGCAGAUGACCGAGGGCACCAGUUACGGCAUCGUGCCGUUCAUGAACCCGAAGCAGCUCGCGUGCACAUCCGCGCUGGUGGGGGCGGGCGGGAACUUGGGCGCCGUGAUCGCCCUGUGGUGUUUCUACAACACCCUUGGGCCCAUCGACACCCUGCUCCCGUUCAAGGUCCACGGUGCCUACGUGAUCUUUUGGGCGAUGACCUCUCCGGCGUUCUACUGGGCCGACAAGGGCGGCAUGUUCUGCGGCGCCAGUGACCCCGCCUUCCAGAAACCCGCGCCCAAG